UCAAAAUGGACUUCGCCAACCGCUACCCCGACUCCCUGCCCCCCAUCAAAGUGCCCAAGAAGAGGGGACGCAAGCCUGGGUUCAAGCUGAAGCCGCGAAUGGUGAUGACUCCUUUGGCCAUUUCUCCUCCAAGCAGCACCCCAGAACCUGACAUGAGCUCCAUCCCCCAGGACGCCGCCACCGUGCCCCACUCCGCCACGCCACAGGUCCUCACAGUGUGCAUCUACAUCAACAAACAGGCCAAUACUGGACCAAACCUGGACCGGAAGAAGAUCCACCUGCUCCCGGACCACUUUGGCCCGGACCGGCCCUCUGUGGUGCUGCAGCAGGCCGUACAGGGCUGCAUCGACAGCGCCUUCCAACAGAAGAACGUCUUUACUCUCCUCACACAAGGCUACGGAGGAGAGAAGAUAUCAGCCACGUUCGAUGGGAAGCAGCACCUGCUCAGCCUCCCUGUGGUCAACAGCAUUGACUACGUGCUGCGCUUCCUCAAGAAACUCUGUCGAAGUCUUCACUGUGAAAACCUGUUCAGUGACACGCCCAUUGCUCAGCACAGCGCCCAGCACAGCGCCCAGCACAGCGCCCAGCACAGCGCCCAGCACAGCGCUCCAGCCGCAUACUCAGACGGUAAACCUAUUAAGGCGUCUCUUCAGGAGGAGUACCGCUCAGAGCCUCCAGAGGGGAAGAGAUACUCUGUGGACCCCGGGGACUCUGCCUUCAGCUCCAUUGGCUCCUCCUUCUCCCCCAAACCCGCCUACGGCUUCAGAUCACAGCAGUUCAACAACAGCUCCAUCAACACCUGCAGACAGCCCUCCUCCAGCCCCAACACCUUCAGCGACGGGAACAGGAGCGGUGUGUACAGUGGCCCCUCAGAGCCUCAGGAGCCCCGGGCCCUGAGUCGGGAGCCUUCGUCCUGGAGCGUGGAGGAUGUGGUGUGGUUCAUCAGAGACGCAGACCCGCAGGCUCUGGGCCCCCACGCAGAGCUCUUCAGGAAACAUGAGAUCGAUGGAAACGCGCUGCUGCUGCUGAAGAGCGACAUGAUCAUGAAGUACCUUGGUCUGAAACUGGGUCCAGCGCUGAAGCUCUGUUACCACAUCGACAAACUCAAGCAAAACAAAUUCUGA